GUCGAGCACGACAAGCAGCCAAGGAUGUGGACUGGGACCGCAUUGAGAGAGACGACGGUGCAGCUGAGCUACUGCGACACAUUCGCGCCAAGCUCGGUGCUCAGCCCAUCCAGGAUGCAGGCAAAUAUCUGGCCAGAUGGAUCUUCGAUCUUCGUCGAGACACUGGAGAGCCAAUGCCGAGCUACAUCAGCAGAGACGAUGAGGCCUACCACGACGUGGUCAAGGGUUUCGACACCGAGUAUUUCAAGAAGCAGCGCACGGCUCGGCUGUCGGCAAGGUCAAAAGAAUGGAACGCCCUCUACUCGGAGCUCAACUGGUUCCUGUACAAGAUCGAGCAGGAGGGCCCGGAGGACGCCGCCGACAAGGCCAAGGAGUUGAACCACCAGCUCUGGAGCUUCAUCCGGACAGGUCUUGAGGAGAUCCCCGAGCAUCCCGAUUUCGGAACCGACUUCAAACAGGCGAUUCCCCUUGACCAGCUGCGCGGAUGGCUACUGCUGCAGAGAUCAAGACUUUCCCCGACGGAGCGUGCGGCAGUUAUCAGCGCAGUCAAAGGCAACUUCGACUACGACAGCAUCGGCGAGCAGCUAAGAGUAUCUUGGCCAGAUGACGAGCUGACGAAUAGAGAUAAGAAGCACGGCAAGGACAACCAUCGCCAUCGCGAGCGAGGUCGGAUCCACGCCGGCUGGGAGGAGAACAGCGAGGACGACGACGACUACAGCUACUACGAUGGCGACCAGUCGGAGGCCACCUAUGAGGAUGCGGACGGCGACGAGGACGAAGGAGAUCCCGAGGAGCCGCUCUACAGCGCCCAGGAGAUCGAGGAGGCCGAGACCGCGUUCGCCGCCCAGCAGCGCAGUUUCGAAGACGCGGAGGACAGCGCAAGCUCCAGGGACCUCGAGCUGGAUCCCGAGGCUCUGGAUCAUCGAAAGGACGAGGCCGAGGGAGCGGACAACGACGUGAUGUACCACCCCGACGUGAUGGAGAUCGCUCCCAGGGCCGGUUUCGGAGCCUACGUGUUCUUCGGCGCCGAGCAGGACGCCGAGAUGGAGGCGAAUCUCAUCAGGAACGAGACCUCGCGCCUGGAGCUGGAGACGACGCUCAACAAUAAGCCAGUGAUCAAGAAUCGACCGAAGCUUCCGAAGAAACAGCUCGAGAAGACGAAGUACCUAGAGGUGGAGAAAUCCAUCGAGAGGCAGGAGCAAGUCCAUCAUGUGAAGCUACCGAGCUGGCCAACCCUGGAGAAGCUAGACGACUGGAUCCUCAUGAGUGUGAAGCAGAGCUCCUCCAAGGGCUUCGGUAUUCUGGACAUCGGCGCGACCUCCAGCAUCAUGGGCAUCGAGGCUGCCGAGAACCUACGCGAUAUCAUCUAUGAGCAGACGGGCAAGAACAUCAAGAUGGACGUUAGCCAGAAGAGUACCUUUAUCUUUGGAGAUGGCAACGCCAAGACCUGCACCGGCAAGGCAACCUUUCCUCUGAGGAUCGCAGGUGUGGACGGCGAGCUCGAGAUAAACAUCCUCGACGCAGAUGCCCCGCUCUUGAUCGGAGUGGAUGUUUUGAGCCGCCUAGGAGCUGUGAUCGACUGCGAGGCACAUUCUGUCUACUUCAAGAAGCUCGGGCGCCGAGCUGAACUGCUCGUCCUUCCGAGCGGCCUCAUGUACAUCAUCAUCAUUUACGAGUACGGGGGCACCAUCACCAAUUACGUCUACAGCAACAUCAUCAUCAUUUACCAGUACGGGGACAUCAUUGAUUACGUCGGGGACAUCAUCAAUUACGUCCGGGACAUCAUCCGUAUCAGCCCCGGCUCCAUCACCUACGGCAUUAUCGGGGUUAUCUCCAGAGCCCUGAGCUCCGACAACAUCCAGCUGGCCCUACAUAUUCGCAUGAGCCUCAACCGCGAGGCGAAAUGUCGCAAAGCAGAGAGCCAGCAGAUCAAGCUGGAGAACGAGGAAAUGGACGGCCCUUGGGAGCAGGUGGAUGUUCGGGCCCUGCUACGGGACUCGGGAUCAUCGGCGGCGACCUCCACGUCGACGCCGGCACGGCCUACACUACAACGGAUGCAGCCGCAGGGGCGACUGAUCGCUCAUCAGGACGCGAGGGGCCACAUCUUCUACACGAUCGAGGGCUCGGAGCAGGACAACAGCACGAAGCGGAUGACGGACACCUUCCUGCAGGAGCAUCUACCGAACUGGGAGAUGUGGUCCAGCAAGCUUCUCCAGCAGUGGACGCAGUGCCGUCGCUGGGGACGAAUCAUCCAGAAGGUCUUCAUCAAGACGAUCGAUCGUGUGAACUGGAAGCUGGACAGCCUCGGACUACCUGUGCAGUUGCUACCCGAGAGGUACCCGACCUGGCCGGCAGACAUCGAGCAUCGUGCGAAGAUCGAGCCGCGCCAGCCGUGCACGGAGCCGAAGCAGCGCCCCCUGUCCCAGAAGUCAGCAGCCUCCGCAGCCGCGCGCGAGCAGAAUCAAGAGCUGCGAGCCACCAUCGAGACCGCAAAGUUAGAUUUCUUGACCAAGUUUGCGGAGGUGGAUGCGUUUGCAGCGCUGAGCUCGGAGCAGAUCCACGAGCAGCUCAGCAUGGUUACAUUGGUCAAUCACCUCAAGCCGCUGUGCAAGAUGUGGGGACUGACCCAGACUGGCAAGAAGGAGGAGGUGAUCGACAAGAUCAUCGCGUACAUCAUCGAGCAGCGCGGCACGGCGGCAGCGACUAUCCAGAUCAAGAAGGAGACGGAGACCAAGAAGAUGGAGACGACGGCAAUGCCCGUGGGCCCGGCGAUCUCAGCUCACUACACUCAGAUGUGCCAGCAUCCGGACUGCAAGCUACGCCGAUGCAUCGCCAAGAACGAGCCGAUCGUGAAGAUGAGGCUCUACGGUUGGUGCCACCAGGCGUGUGCGGUCAGGACGAAGGCCUGA